AUGAAGCCGCUGAAGGGAAUCCGUGAACCCGGAAGUGAACGAGUUGGCCCACACAGCAGAGGCUGUUUCCGCGGAGACCGAUCUGAGGGAGUAAACAUGAACAGAGGCGAGCUGAGAGGCAUCGUGUCGGAGCGGCUGGGCGCGGUGACCGGGGCGGUGCUGGCCGCGGUGGAUCGGGCCGUGGCCGGAUACGAGCGGGAGGCGUCGGGCUUCCGGCGGGAGAUCGACCGGCAGCAGAGGCAGCUGGAGCUGCUGCAGCUGGAGCUGCUGCAGCCGCAGGUCCGGCUGCGCAGAGCAGCCAACGAGCCGAUCCCAGAUCUGCAGAGCCAGGAGGAGGAAGGCGGUGAGGAAGAGGAGCAGCAGCCCAGCGGUGACAGUCGACAUGAUGAAGGGGCGGAGCCAACGACGACCUUCAGGCCAAACCAAGAAGACCUGAAGGACAGGCAUCAUGGGAAACCACCAAGGAAGCGACUCAACUUGUCUAAACUCUACGAUCUGAGAGAGACGAUCGCGGAGCUGCUGCAGCGGGCGACCAGAGACGUGCUGGCGGCGGUGGAGUGGACCGGAACCGGGAGCGAGGAGGCGGCGGCGCCGGGCGUCAGGCGGGAGAACCGCGGCCAGCAGCCAGACGCGGCGACACAGGAAGUGGAGGUCGUCGUGGAGGAAGAGGAGCAGCAGCUCACAGGUCGGACUCACCGGGAGACUGGUUCCCACAGAACCAGAACCUCCUGCCAAUCAGACGAACUGCUGGGUUCAGGCGCUGGCGGAGUGGAGCGUCUGCCGCUGAGCGAUGAAGACGGUGCUGGUGAUGAAGAGCCAGUAGACGCCUCCAGGCUGAAGCAAGAAGACGUGACGGACCCGGACUACGAGAUCCCAUCAAGGUCGGCUCAGGUCAGAGGUCAUCCUGGAGGCCGGCGGCCCGGCAGACCUCGGCUCAGCAGACCAGCUGACCAUCUGACGCUCCGGGUCCGGAUCCUGGAGGAUUCCCGGACCAGAUGCAUGCUGGGAGCUCUCUCCCAGUGCAUGCGGGAGCUCUGCCGCUGUCUCCCAGUGCAUGCUGGGAGCUCUGCCGCUGUCUCCCAGUGCAUGCUGGGAGCUCUGCUCACUAACGCUGUGCUGCUGUCAGUGUUUCAGCGCAGCGCGGUUCUGGACCUGCAGUGCCCCCGCGGGCUGUCGGAGCCGGGCUUCCUGGACCUGCUGCGCUCACGCUGCCCCCUGCUGGCGGGGGCGGCCCUUCGACGUCUUCAUCGCCGCCAAGAACCGGCGGCUGCAGCCGCUGGCGGCGCAGAGCUGACGCCGGAGCAGAUCUGCUGCAGCCACCGCUCAGGCGGGAACCCGACGCUCUACAUCCGGCUGAAGGAAAGCGAGGAGCCAUGUUCAGCCGCGGCGAUGAAGACGGAUCAAACCGACCUUCAUUCCCGCCAUGUGGACAGCAGCGAGGAAGCCGACCCAGGCCUUGAUGCUGCAGAUGACACCUGGAGCCCUGACCCCAAACCGCUGACCGCCAAGAGGUCGAGGAAACGGAAGGAGAAAAGGGCGCCGCAGCUGACCUUGGAGACCAAGAGGUCCUGUAAGGUGUGUGGCGCCUGGUACCGGCAGCUGGGCAGUUUGAUCAGCCACGUCUGGAACCACGCAGGCGACCCGCAGGGCGUCUGCGGCGCCUGCGGAGAGAAGUUUGAGUCUCCAGACCAGCUGAAGGAGCAUCUACGAAACCACCAGCAGGUCCACAGCUGCCAGCACUGCGGGAAGACGUUCGUCUCGGUCCAGAGCCUGAACCUCCACGAGGCCAAGCACACCGGAGAGAGUCGCUUCAAAUGCGGCGUCUGCAGCAAAACCUUCACCAACACGGCCUCCCUGAACUACCACCAGUGGCUGCAUGUGGAGGACAAGCCUCACAAGUGUGACGUCUGCCUCAAGACCUUCGGCUUGGAGUCGCACCUCCUGUCCCACAAAAAGCUGCACACGGUCAAGGAGAAGCACGUCUGCGACGUCUGCAACAGGUCGUUCCGCCUUCGCCGCGCCAUGACCCAGCACCGCCUGACCCACUCCGACGACAAGCAGUACGCCUGCGACGUCUGCGGGAAGCGCUUCAAGCUGGAGGGCUCGCUGAAGGUCCACGCCAAGACGCACACGGAGAGGGACCGGACGUUCCUGUGCCACGUCUGCUGCCGGACGUUCCUGUGGAAGGGAACGCUGAUGGCUCACCUGAAGACCCACAGCAGCGUCCGGCCGUUCGUCUGCGCCGUCUGCACCAAGGGCUUCUGGUUCAAGUGCGACCUGAAGAAGCACAUGAGGAUCCACUCCGACGAGGCGCCGUACGAAUGCUCGGAGUGCGGCCGGCGCUUCAAGCAGAAGGCCAACCUGGACAGCCACGUCAAGAUCCACCUGGGCAUCAAGAGGUUCGUGUGCGCCGAGUGUGGGAAGGAGUGCUCCCGCCGGGAACACCUGAAGGUCCACAUGAGGACCCACAACGGAGACAAACCCUACAAGUGCAGCGUCUGCGACAGGGCCUUCACCCAGAGCCACUGUCUGAAAACACACAUGAAGAGUCACCCAGCGGACCUGGACCUGGAUCCCACCCGGAACCAAGAGAUGGACGAAAACCCGGCUCUGGACCCGACUCAGAGCCACGAGAUGGACCCGGUUCUGGACCCAUCAGAAACCUGAACUCAGAGACAGAAUGGUACCUUAAACCCAGGACUUUAUACCAACCAGGCUUUUACUGCUGAUAAUUAACUUGUAAUGACAAAUGAAAUAGAAAUAAACAGUUCAUCUCUGCA